AUGGGGAAGCUCUUUUGGAAAAUUCAAGCUAAGGAUGAUAAACUGUGGGUCAAGGACAAAAUUAAAGAAACUGAUGCUUGGGCAGCUGUUCUCCAAACUGGGAGAUACAAGACCACCGUUGUUUAUAAGGAGCUUCAUGGAUAUAGAGGGCACGUGCCUUUGAAGCAUAUGCUUUAUCAAAAUUAUGCAAAGCCUCGGGCCAGGUUCAUUAUUUGGCUAAGUUUGUUGGGACAAUUGAACACCAAGGACAGGUUGCUGAAGCAUGGGAAUGUGAUUAAUGCAGGCUGUAUCUUCUGCAGGGAAGAAGAAACUCUUCACCGUUUGUUGUUGGAGUGUCAUAUAACCAAACAAAUAUGGCGUAGGGUGUUACAGAACAUUGGAUAUGACAGAAAUCCUGUGGGCUGGACUCAAGAGAGGUUAUGGUUGAUUGGUGAAACUAGGAGAAAGGGUUGGCAUAUGGAUAUGGUGAAAAUUGCUAUUGCUGAAAGUGUCUAUGGUAUUUGGAGGCAUUGUAAUGAUGUGAUAUUCAACCAUGCUCAUGUGGAUCCUCAAAUUUGGAAGAUAAUCACUCAUGAUAUUUUUAUUAGAAGUAGUUUUCAUAAGUCUAUUAGGAAUUAUGUUAAUAUUGAAACAAUGAGUAUCUCUCCUUAA